AUGUGCUCCACUAUCGAGCAGAGCGACAUAGUGUCACUAGUCAAUGUGCUCCACUAUCGAGCAGAGCGACAUAGUGUCACUAAGUCAAUAAGUAAAGCCAGUAGAGCCAGUAGAGCCAGUAGAGCCAGUAGAGCCAGUAGAGCCAGUAGAGCCAGUAGAGCCAGUAGAGCCAGUAGAGCCAGUAGAGCCAAUAGAGCCAAUAGAGCUAAUAAGUAUAGUCAAUAA